AUGUCUACAGCAAAGGUUAAGACGACCCAGCUCUGGUCGAAGAGCAAGACGGACCUCUCGAAGCAACUGGGAGAGUUGAAGACUGAACUCGGUCAAUUGCGCACGCAGAAGAUUGCCGGCGGAUCAGCUUCUAAGCUCACAAAGAUCCACGAUCUCCGCAAGUCUAUCGCCAAGGUUCUCACAGUCAUCAACGCCAAUCAACGCUCGCAACUCCGCCUCUUCUACAAGAACAAGAAGUACCUGCCCCUCGACCUCCGCCCAAAGCAAACCCGCGCCAUCCGCAGACGCCUGACGAAGCACGAGCAAGAGAUGACGCUGGAGAAGCAGAAGAAGCGCGCCACCCAUUUCCCGCAGCGAAAGUACGCUAUCAAGGCCGAGGCUUAA